UUUGAUGAGAAAGGCAGUGAUAAAUAGAAAGUAAAAAUGACCCAAAAAUCACACUGAGUCUGUGUUUUACGUUUUCUAAAUAUGGAAUACGUGUGUAUUUGAAGAUAAAUUAUACCCUUACAUUUUGAUUAUAUAUGUUCAUGGUUAUGGAAGUUCUGUUAAAUUAGUUCAUUUAAAGCACCUGAACAUUUUUUACCUGGAAAUGGAUUAUACACAUUCAAAAUAUGUAUGCUGUUUGAUGAUGAUUUUUUGGAUAUUAUCAGUAGAUACCUUUCAGAAUCCUGUAUUAGAUAACCCUUUACCACAUGUUAAAGUACGACCUACCGAGGACGGCUACACCAGUUACAAUGAGACCAACUCAGGAGAUUACGUGAUACCCACGGGACAUAACUUUACGAUAGAAUGUCACGGUGCAUAUCCUCCAAGACUUAGAAUUUUACGUAGAAAUAGAAAAAAUGUAGAACCUAACUUUGUUCCCUUGAAUAUAACAAAGGUUGAACUUACAGAAAACGAAACUGACCGGAACUUUGCAGCUUUAUAUCACGUUUAUAACCCAGAUUUUACGUACACAGGAGAAUACGAAUGUUACUAUGCUGAUAAUGAAAAUCUUGGAACCAAAGUUUAUAUCUAUAUUAGCGAUCCAAACAAUUUAUUUGCACCGACAUUUUCACCAUUUCUGUUUUUGGCUAUAUACCACUAUAGGAAGGCAUAUUUACCUUGUCGGGUUACGGAUCCAUCUACAAAUGUCAAACUGAUUAAUACUGCCGGAGAUAAUGAGGUUGAGGUCGGCGACAGUACUGCUGUGUCUUAUGACCCAAGAAUUGGUUUUAUACUGCUCUACCCCAACCAGUUCUUUGAAGGCCAAUUCGAAUGUAAAGCAACAUCCAAAGAUGGGAAAAAAAAUUCACUAAUUAUGAUUCUCAAGUAUCUUAGGCAAACAUCACCACCACAGCCAGCCUUAGUAACAACUAAAACCACAGUAAUAAGAGGUGAAGAAUUUGAAAUCCAGUGCAGGAUUUAUAUUGACAGAGGAGCUGCAGUGUUUAUGAAUUGGUCAUACUCAUCUAACGAGAACUCCAGUAAUUCUAUUGAAUUAGAGCUUGAAGGACCAGUGGAUCGUGGGAGAUCAGAUCGAGUACAUUAUACAGAUCCACUGCGAGAAGUUUCCUCAGGAACUUAUGACUUUGAUGUUCUGUACAGCAACCUGACUGUGAUAAAUGCUAAAAAGAGUGACGAAGGAGUAUAUAUGUGUAAAGUGAUGACACAUGACGGAAAAUCAAAUAAUGUUAGCACUGUUAUAAAUGUAAUUGCUUCAGAUUUCAUUUCAUUAGUACCUGCCUCAUUAAAAGUGUACGGAGUAGAAGGUCAACAGGUGACCUUGAGUGCGAAAUUUACCGGAUAUCCUAUCCCUAAUAUUACAUGGUGGCAUGAGAAUAAACAGCUUCAGACUUUGGAAGGAGACGUGGAUGUUACAACUACCAAGAUAGCAACAGCUUACACUAUAAGGAAAGUAACAAGACAGAUGUCCGGUACAUACACAGUUAAAGCUCAAAAUGCCCUUGUAUCAUCCAAAGAUAUUGAACUGAUUGUUAAAUAUAAACCUUUAGUACAGAUAAAAUCGACUAAACCAGGAGAUUACUACAUACUCAACAGACUCUAUACCAUAACAUGUAAUACACAAUCAAUACCCUCGGUUGACUUCGGUGAUAUAUGGAUGGAAUUCUCACCGUGUGGCAUAAAUCUGUGUAAUGACAAGACAAGACAACAAUGGAAAAAACUGUCAGAUACUAAUCUUAAGGUGGAGUAUGAGGCUCAGGAAGGGAGUAGUUUCCAAUUAAUGUUGUUUGCUUCUCAGACUGGAGUGUUUAGGUGCAAAGCUAAGAAUGAAGUUGGAAAUACAACAUCUGCAAAGGAAAUAAUAAAGAUAAGUGAAAUGGAGGAAGGUUUGUUCUUACAUGUGUCCUAUGUUACACCAAUAGAGGAAGACAAAAUUACAAUUACCUGCUACGCCACCUUGUGGGAGUACAAUAUAGUAAAUAUAUUGUACCGGGAAGAUGGAUCAGAUACACUGCAACCAAUAGAAAAUGGGAACAGGACCACUAUUACUAUAGGGAGAUCUGCUUUUUCCCUAACAGUUAAGCUGGUUAUUCAUUCAGUCAAACUAUCAGAUACUGGUUCCUAUGUUUGUCUGGGUAUGAAACCCAAUAGCAGUAGUCAUAUAGAACCAGAUAGAACAGAAAAAAAGAUUACAGUUAGAGGGAUUGUAAAACCACAUUUAGCUGGAGGAUCACAUGAGCAAGACACGAGAAUUAGUAUUAAUGAGGGAAUAUCUUACAAAGUGGCUGAUUGUGAGAUGGUAGGGAUACCAGAACCAACCUACCGAUGGUUUAAGGACAACAAGUUAAUAGAUGAUGACAACAAUACUUUAGGGAUCUACUUUACAGACAACAAUAAGAGUUUACACAUUAAUGAAACUUCUAAAAUUCACCGAGGUGUUUACACAUGUGAAGCAACGAACCGAGGGGGCGUGGCUUACAGUAACUGGACUUUAUCUGUUGGUGAACUGAAUAAAGGACUUCAAAAAAGACAUGAAACAGAAAUAAUUGUGUCUGUGGUUGUCGUAGCAACAAUAAUGAUAGUAGUCAUAGUGAUACUGAUGUGUAUACUGUACAGACGUAAAGCUGCAGCACUGCAUAAAGAAUUGGAGAAAACGUUGAUACAUCCAAGUGGAGACUAUAAUCCUGAUAUACCUAUUGAUGAACAAACAUCCUGUUUACCCUAUGAUCCAAAAUGGGAGUUCCCAAAAAAGAGGCUCAGACAAGGUAUGGUAUUAGGUCAGGGGGCCUUUGGUCGUGUCAUUAAAGCAGAGGCUAUUGGUAUACAGGAUUGUGAAGAUGUCUCUACAGUUGCUGUAAAAAUGGUUAAAGAUUGCACAGAUAAAGAACAGAUGAUGGCUUUACUGUCAGAGCUGAAGAUACUGAUUCAUCUCGGUCAGCAUCUCAAUAUUGUAAAUUUAUUGGGUGCCGUGACCAAGGAAAUCAGAUAUGGUGAAUUAAUGGUGAUUGUUGAAUACUGCCAUUUUGGAAAUCUCCGUAACUACCUCAUUAAAUAUAAAGAGACAUUUAAGGACACCAUGGAAGAUUACGUCGAUCCCGUUGAGAUGAAGAGGCGUGAGGCAGUUAGAGAUUCUGCUAAAACACCCUAUUAUGUUAAUAAAGCUCCUUUAGAGGACUCUGCUGAUACAGAUGGUCCACUUCUGACCACCAAAAAUCUCAUUUGUUGGGCUUUCCAGGUUGCUAGAGGAAUGGAAUACUUGGCUUCUAAAAAGUACAUUCACAGAGAUUUAGCAGCUAGGAAUGUUCUGUUAGCACAAGAUAAUGUUGUGAAGAUCUGUGAUUUUGGUCUGGCUAAAGACUGCUAUACAAAUCCUGAGUAUCAUAAAAAGGGAGAUGGUCCAGUACCAGUGAAGUGGAUGGCAAUAGAAUCUCUAACACAUCAAGUCUACACAACUAAAAGUGAUGUAUGGUCAUAUGGUGUGUUUAUAUGGGAAUUAUUUUCUUUAGGCGGUACACCUUACCCGGGCAUUGAAAUCAACGAAAAGUUUAUCAACCUGCUGAAGGAUGGAUACUUUAUGGAGAAACCAGAACAUUCAUCAGAUGAAAUGUAUAAAGUGAUGAAAGCAACAUGGCGAACUGAACCAGAUGAAAGACCGACUUUUACACAGUUAGCCUGUCUUAUGGGAGAUUUCUUAGAGGCCAAUGUUAAGCAGUAUUACUUGGAUUUAAAUUCAUCAAAUUACUUUAAAAUGCUUGAUUCAGACAAGGCAGAAGAAAAUUCAGGCAAAGGAGCGUGUGGAUAUGAUGGCUAUCUGAAAAUGAAUGGUGAAACCUCAGACUAUACAAAAAUGGAGCAAGCUCCACCGCCUCCGACUGAUCAGAUUAAGUUUGUUGUAGAAGAUGAUGAAACUGACAGAAGUCGAUACCUCAACCAAAAACAAUGGCGUAAGGAGAAAUCUAGUGAUGUUGAACUUGAACCAUUGACAGGAAAAGAUGAUAGUGACAAUGUUAUAUUACGUAAAGCAAAUAAGCGUGAACAAUCCCCACAAAAUAUCAAUACUUCAGCAGACGUUCAUAGAAACGAUGACACAGAUAGUGGACAUUCUAGUACAUGUGUACCAGGAACCUCACCCCCUGAUACAGGAGAGGAUGGAUAUUUGAUACCCAAGUCAGGACCAGAUGGUGGGUUUGUCAAAAAAAACGGGAACAAAAAGAACAAAUCAAACAAUUUCUCUACAGACUAUCGCCAUACUGAAGAUCAACCACCACCAACAUAUUCCACAGUUGUAGAAGAUAGUGAAACUCUUGUGUAGUAAAGGGAGAUAAUUUGUGUAAACAAUAGGAGAUAAAUCAGGGUCUGUUAAUUAAACAUAGUUAAUAAGUCAGUAAUGCCAUUAACCAAGUUAUUGUGAAUUAAGUUGUGUUAAUAAAUAUAUGACCCAAAUUCAUAACUUUAUAAAUCUAAAUAGUAUUAGCAUCAUACAGAUGUAAAUUGACAUUAAUAAAGAAUUAGUUUAAAUCAUAAAAAUCAUCCAAAGACAAGUUACUGUAAAUUCAGAAAUUAUUGCAUUCAUUUAUUAUUGUGAUUUUUGAAGAAAGGACAUAAGUGCGACAUUUGUUAUUGCGAUUUCAGGAAAUCUGUGUACAUAUAUAUGUAUCAGAGAUCAGAAUGCAAUUUCUUUUUAUUACGAUUAUCACCAGUGGCAUUAUUCGCAAUAAUAAAAAUUUCUGAAUUUACAGUUAAUUUAGAGCAAAUUUGUGCAAUAAGCUAUUUGACAUUUGUAUAUAUAUAUUUCAUGAUACUGAAUAUGUUACUAAGUGCAAGGAAAAGUUACUUUAACUAUAUUUGGAUUGAGUGUAUUAUUUAUUGAAACAUACUUUGAUACUAUUAUUUUAGAUUUGUUGCAGUAAAACAUUAGAUUAUC